AUGAGCGCACUUAGCGAUACCGACGGGUCAUCAUCGACGGAGCUGCGAGGACAGAGGAUUGAUAAUGUCUCGCCCGUCGUCCUUCACGCAUCUGCCGAUCCUCCUCUUGCCAACACCGGUCCCUCUUCUGCCACCUCCACGACUCUCGACCUCUCCAUGUUCCCCACCGCUCUUCAGGCCCAGCUUGCUCAAUUCACCGUAGACUUACAAGACUCCAAGUCCGCCCGAACCUCCUUGGCGUGCAACCACUGUCGAUCAAGAAAGAUCAAAUGCUCAGGCGACCGACCGGUCUGUUCGGCGUGUACCAAGUCUGGAGCUGGGGAGACUUGCCAGUAUCCACAGGGGCAUGCGAAGAGGAGGAAACGGAGUGCUAUCGCUAUGGAGAGCGCUCGGACGGUAGAUGAGGAAGAUACAUCAAGUACAAGAACGACCCAGCGGCACCAUAGCGAGUCGGGAGAUGGCACAUCACUCUCAGCCGAGCAGACAGCAUCAUCGUCGAGCAACAGGUUUCAGACGUUGAGAUCCGCGGCGACACUUCCUCCUACGAAAAAGGCUCGCACAGAGGAUGUCGAGACACAGCAACUACAGAUAGAGAUAUCAGGGCCCGCCCCAGACUUCGUGAGGUCUCGCGGUGCGAGCGAGCUGGACACGGGAUUACAGUUACAGCAACAACAACAACAACAACAUGAACGAGUACAAGGGUGUGAUUACGAUUGGUCUCUCUUCGGGGAGAUGCACGAUACUACUACGCCCUCAACUCAUCAAGCUGGACCUUCCGAGUACUCCAAGACGGACCAUAUGGAAAGGGGCAGGUAUUCGCGAAGUGUGCAGGAGUCUGCUACUGCAGGGACCGAUCGUGACUCUGGCGGGUCGACUCGGUUACGUGUACCCUACUUCCGCUACUUCGGUGCUACAGCCAUCGCACCCGGUUAUAAACGAGUCACCGCGGACGUUUCGGCACCGUCCUCGCCAAGUAGGAGAUCGAGGUCGAGUUUGCGGAUGACUACGGCGUCGUCUAUAGCGAUCAUGUCUGAAGAUGGGGAACGGCCGCAUCCUACUGCCAUCGAUCACCUCUGCCCCAUAUUUCGCUCAGGCUUCCUCUACUUUUUCCCUCUAUGCCAAUCGCUCGACGAGAACUCGGGCCUAGACCGUCAACCCAGCUACAUACAAAACAUCGCAUGCGCACUGGCAGCUAGAUUCACACCUACAUACUCGCCUAGUACGACAGCGGACCGUGGACCGUUCGCCUCUGCUGCCGACGUCUGGUCGUCAACAGCGAAGGAACAGGUGAACAGGCAAUUGGCGGUCGCUAAUCUGGACCUGGUCGAGGCUCUGCUCAUGAUCAGCUGGUACGAAUUUAGCGCAGAUCGAGAUGGGGGGCUAUGGAUGUAUUCUGGGAUGGCUUUUCGGAUGGCGCAAGAUCUAGGUCUCGACAGACAGUGGGACGCAGGUCAAGACUCCAUAAGAGACGGGUCCGGACCGGUCGACCGGUCGCUCAGGCUACAUCUCGCACUCUGCAUGAUGGACGCCAUCAUGACCAUCGGCACUGGACGAAAUGGGAUGUACCAACAUCGAAUCUCUCCCGUCUAUACAUUUCCAACGUUAUCAAUAGCAAACGGACAGAUGUUACCAGACCCUUUUCCCUACCUCGCAAACAUCCUCGCCGUAGCAGGAACGACAACACAAAUCAUGCUGGCUCAAGAAUCACCGGCAUAUCAAAGCGAGCAGUUGAACGCUCUACAAUUGGCGCUGAACGGCUUCGAUGCUGCGUUACCGGACGAGCUACGCUUUCAGACGGCGACGUUCAGGUCUUACGUCCCACUAUUACAGGGAGGGGCCUUUGUCCUAAUCCACCUUUGGUUCCAUGCGUUGAUCAUACUCGUCCAUGAUCCUACCACGCUACUGCUGGAGCGUCAUACACCAGGACCUGAUCUCGUGGAUCUGGAUGGCAGGGAAAUCUCUAUCAGCUCUGCAAAAAGCAUCCUGGACAUUGUGUCGUUUGCCGAGCUAAUCGACCCCAAAUCCAUCUCUCAACCCUGGAUCAACUAUCCUCUAUACAUCGCUUCCCGCGUCUUUCUUGCACAAACCCUUCGUCAACAGCAGAACGGCCAGAAUCCUGCCCCAAGUCGAGCUCGCGUCGCCUCUACGGCCAGUGCAAACUACCAACGUAUAGUCGUAAUCCUAGCAAACCUCGAGACUACCUGGUCUGGGGUGCGAUAUAUCCGUCAGGUUGUUUCACAAAGGGCGGAUGGUAUAGAAUUGGCCGAUUUGUCUGCGUCUGCGACCGAGACCUCCCGUCUAGCGAAUAGCAAUCCUGCAAAGGGACACCAUGCGACGCCAGACGGUUGGCUAUCACAGGAUCUGUUGGGGUUCGGUCUUACGGGGACCAUGAACUCGCCCUCCGAUCAUCGCUAUACCUUUGUCUACCCUCCGGGGGUCGGGAAUCAGCCGGAAUCGAUCAGUCCCACUCAGCCAGCCAUCGUCGAUCAAUCGCUCGUACCUUUUGAUAUCGCUUGGGCCGAGGCGUUCUUGGCGGAUCUAGAGACGCCAUGCAGGGAUGCGCCUAUGACAUGA